AGGCGGCCUAGCAUAUGCACAAACAACAAGCUUUGUUUUGCUCCGAAGAUGGAGAAUCUCACGAAAAAUCGCACCAUCACAUGCUUUCUCCGUGGGAGAGUUGAGUUGGCCAAUGACUGAAGCACGCAUCGAUGGAUGGGUGCCAAGCCGGUCUCUUUGUGGACCAUGGCGUGCUUCGGCGAUCUGUUUGGCAAUUCUAACCCAACAUCGCAUCACCCUCACCACCAUGGGGUCUUAUCAAUUGCAUCCACAAAACAACACCUUAGGAAAUAGAUCGUUGUCUCGUCGACGCCGCUCCAUCAUUUCAAGCCCUCUUAUUUACCGCCGUCCAUUUAAGCUUAAUACGUUUUUUCACUGCAUAAUCACCUCAUCCCUGCUCAUCACCACUGAUGCUGCUUUUUCUCAUCGUGAAACCCUAUUUGAGAUACCCAUUCAAGCCUUAUUCGGGCCCAAGGCCCUGGAGCCCGAACCAUUCCCGUCGUCGAGGGUCUAGAUCUUCAGAUACCGCGAACAUGGCCUCGGAGAGAGCAAAGGCCUGGGCGUUGAUCGGGCGUACUCCAUCUACAGGGCCCCGUGGCAUGUCCGAACCUUGUACACGCUAUCAGCCUGAUAGUGGAACGAGGCUACAUGAGGUGCUUGGGAAUUUU